AUGAAGUACAUUGUGGGCAUCGGAGGCAUGACCAACGGCGGCAAGACCACACUGACCAACAGCCUCCUCAAGUCACUGCCCAACUGCUGUGUGAUCCACCAGGAUGACUUCUUCAAGCCCGCGGCUUGGGCUCCUCUGUUUCAGCCCCAAGACCAAAUAGCAGUUGGGGAGGACGGCUUCAAACAGUGGGACGUGCUGGAGUCCCUGGACAUGGAGGCCAUGCUGAGCACCGUGCAGGCCUGGAUGAGCAGCCCCCGGAAGUUUGCCCGUGCCCACGGGGUCAGUGUCCAGCUGGACGCCUCAGACACCCACAUCCUCAUCCUGGAAGGUUUCCUUCUCUACAGCUACAAGCCCCUGGUGGACUUGUAUAGCCGACGGUACUUCCUGACCGUCCCAUACGAAGAGUGCAAGUGGAGGAGAAGUACUCGACGCUACAUGGUCCCCGACCCCCCCGGCCUCUUCGACGGCCACGUGUGGCCUAUGUACCAGAAGUAUAAGAGGGAGAUGGAGGCCAAUGGCGUGGAAGUGGUGUACCUGGACGGCAUGAAGUCCCGCGAGGAGCUCUUCCACCAAGUCCUGGAAGACAUUCAGAACUCGCUUCUGAACCGCUCCUAG